UCUUCCGGCUCGGAUUAAAAAUGCGCUGGUUAACACACAAACAUCUGCAGCAGAUUGCGUAUUUUCGUCCCUUUUUCCUUAGAAUGAGGUCCUGUUCACAGAAACCGCUACCUGUUUUAACGCUUUUCACCAAGGAUCCUUGUCCUUUAUGCGAAGAAGCGAAGCAAGACCUUGAGCCGUAUAAACAUAGAUUUCUAUUGCAGGAGGUGGAUAUCACUUUACCGGAAAACAGCGUGUGGCUCGACAGGUACAAGUUUGACAUCCCUGUCUUUCACAUGAAUGGGCAAUUUCUCAUGAUGCAUCGAGUGAACAUCGCUAUCCUGGAGAAGCGAUUGGAGAAAAUCGAGAAGACGCUCCAAAGUGGCACUGAGUAAAGAGCAAAGCGCGUUAAAAAUCUGUGACAAUAAAACUUUUGUGUUUGAAA